AUGAAUCGGAAGACGAUUUCAAAUGGCGUUGUGUGCGAGUGCGAGACUGGCUUUUUAAUCACCCUCCAUGUAAACCAAAUACCCAGGAAAAAAACAAUUCCUUAUUUGAGAAAACAGAAAGCAAGUCUACCAAUCAGCGAGUCGGUGGUAUUCCUCCCGCAAGUAAUCCAAUUUAAUUCACCUCGGGUUUACUUCAAUUCGGCCAAAUUCCUCAGCGCAUUCCCCUUCGCUCCCUCUCUCGCUGCCCGCCUUAUGCAAACGACGGGAGUGAUGGGAACCUUGCACGUGGUUUCCCUUAGCACGUGGUUUUUCGUUCCCAAAGGUACCUGCCUCACUUCUAGGUACUUCCUCUUCGUCUUCCCGCUGUGCCGAGUGGCUGCAGCUUUUGGCAGCAGCGAAGAGCAGAGAGACAAGAAAGAAGGCAAAAAAAGGGAAAGAGCACGGACGCUGGGCUGGUCUCAGCUGGGCAGGUAUCUUCAAGUGGUCAAAGUUAUGAACGCCUGUCGUUUAUACGGCUACUCUUUCCCAGUGUUUAUGCAUGGAUUGUCCAUCUUAUGUACCUUAGUCAGCCGCCAGAAUCCCUCCUUCCCAGUAGGCAAGGAUCCCACAGUUUCCAGAAUCGCGAGAGCCAAGACUCAAAGAAAAGGUGAACCUGGUCCUCCCGCCGUCUCCCAGAGUCCCUCCACCCAGAACCCAGGGCUCAACAGCCUCAAGGUUUCCUCAACUCCCUACCCUUUUGCAUUUACCUGCCGCUCGCCUGCACAUGCAAACGCACAGCCCGUUCAAACGGACCCCGAACCUGACGCGCACGCCUUGCUCCUGUACAAGUUGGAACACGACACGGGUCACCCCAGCCAACAUCGUGUCCGCUGCUCUCAACUCAUAUUUUACGAAUAUCGUCUAUCCGUAUCUUCAUCCCUUACGAGACCCCGGUCUACACUAAAACACCCUCCAAAGCUGAUUAGUCGCAUUUUGUCACUAUUUCUCUCCUCCGAGGAUACGGAUACAGACUACCUUACGUACGGUCUAUGCAAUCGAUACGAGUAUCGCACGAUCAACAGCCUCCCCAUAUUCCGUCUAUAUUUCCUACUCUCGCAUAUUCUGUCGCCUAAGAAAUGCUGCAACAUUGGCCCAGCUAGUUUCAGGUCACGAACGAUCAGCAAAGACCAUUGCACAUCCCGUCAUCACCUAGGGCUCGAAUUGCAUCCGCUCUCGCAUAUCUGCAUUUGCAUUUGCAUCGGCAUCGGUAUGAGAGCCCCGGUAGCACCAAGCCCGGGCUCCUGGCAUCUCAAUCCCUUGGACCCGACUACCACUGUGCCACUUCACCCUGUCACCCCCUUCACAAUGCCUGCGCCCAUCUUCAUGCUUGUGCGGCGGCAUCUACCGAAUGGCCUGUGUUCCAUCCAAGCUUCCGGUACAGAGUACGGAUACCCUUCACUAACACCGCCGCCGCGGCAAAGCCAUGUUCUGGACUAUGCAGACCGGGGGGUCCGGCCCCAGGACCCUGGCAAUGUUCAAUUGUCAGCUGCACGCCGGAAUCUCAAUCGCUCCGCAAACUUGACUGCCGCCGCCCGUCGCCCUUCCAAACCCGGCGCAUUGCUUUUGCGUCUGCACUGA